GGAUUGAAAACCAUGGGUAGAAAAGAUGCCUCUACAGCAAGGACUCCUGUUGACCAGUACAGGAAACAAAUAGGAAAACAAGAUUAUAAGAAAACCAGGCCUAUGUUAAGAGCUACAAGAUUAAAAGCAGAGGCCAAAAAAACUGGACUAGGAGUAAAGGAAGUUGCCCUUGUCCUUGCAGCUAUACUGGUGUUUUUGUUGGCUUUCUAUGCUUUCUUUUAUCUGAACAUUUCCAGUGAAGUUGACCUUGAUCUGGAUCCAGAUGAGCACUAG